AUGUCCAUCACCAGUAAUGAGUUGAACUACUUGGUGUGGCGGUAUCUCGAGGAGUCGGGGCAUGAUUUGGCUGCGUAUGCACUAAAUAAGCUGUCUAGGUGCUCGGAGGUACAAGAAUUGAAACCUAUGGACAACGAUGUCCAGCCUGGUUGUUUAGUAGAAUUGGUUCAAAAAGGUAUACUAUAUGGAUUGGUGGAGAAAGAUAGCAGAAAGGAAGCUGCUUUUAGCUUGUGGGGAGCCUUGGCUGAAAAGGAGCUAGCUCGACUAAAUGGAACCACUAUAGUGGAGACUCGAGUAAAGACUGAUAAUGAAGACAUUGAAAUGAACGGAGAUGGAAAUUCCACAAAAGAAGCAAUUUCCAAGACCGAGAAGAAAGAGACAAAACCGGUCAUAAACCUAGAACCGAAAGUGACUUUUGGCGAGACAAUCUCUUGUCUGUGGCAUCCACUAACUGAGGUGUUGGCGUAUGGACAGAAAACCCUGACAGCCGUUAUUAGUGCAUUCAAUGGCGACCAAAUUGCCGAAUCGGUAGAACUAUGCCAUCCGAUUUUGUCUGAUACAAAGCCCGAGAUCAACGUUGUAUCUUGGUCUCCACAAGGAACCGUAAUAAUAUCCGCAGCCACAAAUGGAGAACUUCGAGCGUGGCUGCCGGAUGGUAAGCUCAAAAACAUAGCCACUGUACCUGGCGGCGGAGACAGGACAUUGUGUACUCUUUUGUGGAACACCAAUGGUCAACACUUCAUUUCCAUCGAUAUGAACAACGAAGUGUGUUUAUGGGACGGAAACCUCACAUUGCUCCAGCAAAUACAGCAGCCAGUUUCCUCUGGUGUAGCGACAUCUUCCAUUGAAGCAUGCUGGUUAGACGACUUCAAAUUCGCUGUAAGCUCCGGAAGAAGGUCGAUUAAGAUAUACUCGGUUUUACCUGCCGGUUCGACCGCCGUAACCAAACCUAUCGGCUCACUAGCUGGCCACGAAAACGGAGCCACCAUGUUGAGUUUCGACCCGGUGUCGAGAUAUCUCGCAUCUGCGUCCGACUACGACUACCUCAUCAAGAUAUGGCACAGCAACUCGUCGCACGACGCUUUGACGUUGAACUCACCUGAGAGUCUGGUUGACCAUCGCCAUGGAUCUCCUCUUGUGUGUCUUUCGUGGAUCGCUCCCUAUGUAUUAAUGAGUGUUCUGAUGGAAGGCAUAGUCAACAUCUGGGAUGCCAAGAGUGGUGAGAACAAGAGUAGCACCCGUCUUUUUGACGUGAACAGUGGUCGGCUACUUUUCAAUGCACAACUCUCGCUCAACUCCAAGUUCUUGGCAUGUGGUGAUAACCAUGGUCGAAUAAGCAUAUGGGAGGUUUCCGAUGAAGGACUAAGCCAACGCGGAGUAUAUGAAGCUCAGGUGGAAAAAGCAUGUGUGUGUGAUGUCAAAUGGAACAUUCAUUCACGCAAGCUUUGUGUAUCUUACAAUAGUGGCCCCAGUGUAGUGUUGGACUGGGACGAAAGUUAG